GCUCCUUGGACGGGAGACUAGUAGUUCAAGGGACCAGCGCCGGGAGAACUGAUGCACCAAUCCUCUCUCACGGGAGGCGCGUGCGCAAUGGACUCGCAGCCUUUCCGUGACCUUUAACCCCACGGCCGCCUCUUUUCUCCCUCCCGCAGUGUCAAGAUGGCGCUGUCCAGGUUAUACCAGAGGCCCGUCUCCCUGGGCUGUACGCCCGCUUCCCCGGAGCCCCUCUUUUCCCUGCGGCUGCAGCCUGGGCGCCGGAGCCCGGCCUGGGGUCCUCCAAGACCCCGCAGGCUCCACCUGUCCCCCCGGGAGGACGUGAAGAGCCUCGUUUCCUCUUUUGUGGCCAAGACCAAAGUGAUGAAUGAGAAAUACAAUCGCUUCUUGGAGCGCCGCUUUCCCCGCUUCUAUGUCAUGUAUUCAGUCUUCGUGAAAGGAUUUCAGAUGCUUUUGGCUGAUGCAAAAAAAGCUAGAAGAAUAAAGACAUUUAUGAGCCAGAAAAAAGUAAUGUUUCAUCAGCUUUCCUACCGGGACAUGGAACAUUUGAGACAGUUCCGACAAGAUAUGGUCAAGUGUCUUUUCCUGGGCAUCAUUUCCAUCCCACCCUUUGCCAACUACCUGGUCUUCCUGCUGAUGUACUUUUACCCCCGGCAACUGCUGAUCCAUCAUUUCUGGACCUCAAAGCAGCAGCAGGAAUUCUUAGACAUCUACCAUGCUCGACGAAAACAGUCCCAUCCAAAGAUCCUUAGCUGUUUGGAAAAGGCCAUCCCGUUGAUCCCAAAUCCAGUUCAUCAGUGGCAUUUUACACAGCUAUAUAUCAAGGUUCAGAAUGGUGAUCCACCGUGUAUAAAUGAUCUGCUGCCUUUGAGGACAUGUUUUUCUGUCUAUCCCUUGGCCGUGUCUCAUCUUUCUACUGCACACCUGAAAGCCUUGAGCCGGGCCAUGCUUCUCACACCUCACCUACCCUCUGUUUUGCUGAGAUACCGUCUGAAUAAACACAGCACUGUACUUCACCAGCUAGACAAAGCUUUGAAAAGAUUGGGGAUUGGCCAGCUGACUGCUCAGGAAGUCAAAUCGGCCUGCUAUCUCCGUGGCCUGGAUUCCACCCAUCUUGCCGAAGACUGGUGCCGAUUUUGGCUGGCACAGUGGCUAUAUUUUUCCUGUAGCCUGAAAAACACUGAGAUGUCCCUCUUGCUGCAUGCUGUGGUCUUAUUUUCUACCAACUACCCUGGGACAAGGCACUUAGGAAGCUGCUAGAAAGAAGACUGUCCUCUAUCCUUUUCGGAGAUGCAGCGUGGGACCACACAGCACACACCAGCCACAGACGCAAAGAGAGGAGCAAAUGCUUGCAGGCCUUGCAGUGUGGCAUCCAAAGUAGAAGGAAGAGCUGUUAUUUCCCUUUCAGCUAGAACUGAAAGCAGCCAUCAACAGAGUAGUGUUUUCUGGUAGCAGCCCUGUGCUUUGGACACUGAUUUAUGAUUGUAAUCAAGUUUAGGUCCCAGGAAGACAGCCUAAUGUCAUAUUUAUUAAGGCUCUGUCUGCUGCUCUUUCUGGCUGGUUUUCCACCAAAUUAAAUUCUUAAAUACAAAGAACAAAAAGACUAAACUUAAGCACUUAUGCCCCAGAAUAUUCUUCUGUCCCUUUCUAAAAGUGACAGAGAAGAACACUUUUUCCCUAUUCCUUUUUAAAUUUAAGUUUAUCCUUUACAGUAAUUCUUCUCUAACUUUUAACUUUAACUGAGAUCCUGUAAUGAAAAGAAAAAAAGGAAGCCUUUUCCUUUGGAAGAGAAUGUCUCCUCUCUUCACAUGUUUACAGUUUCACCCACUUUGUCUUAAUUUCUGGGCUAUAGCUACCUUGUGGAUCCUAAGAUUCCUGGCUCCUUCCACUGUGUUGUCCAUACCACCCAUCACCGACAGUCACAAUGGCUGGGGUGUUUGGGCCAUGGAUGACGCCAGGAAAAUACCAAUUAGUG